CCCCCUUCUCUUUCUUCAUUUGAGCCACACGUCAAUAUAAAUACGCGCCGCGUCCCUUAAAAAAAGAUACACACACGCGCGCUUCUCUCUCUCUUUUUUUUUGUUGUGUGUUCAAAAUGACUGCUAGAUAUAGUGAAACAACAAUUGCUAAUUUGUAUGGCCUCAAUUCCAGUGAUCGUGAAGUUAUUCAAGAGAUUGGCUCCAUUUGUCAAAUAUUCUCCAUGACACCAGAGCAAGUUAAAUUCAAAUGGGAAGCGUUUGCCUUGAAUGCCAACAUCUCUUUAACACCUUCUGUUGGUUAUAUAAGAUUAUUAAAGAAUAAUCUACAAAGAGAAUUUAACAGAACACUUAAAAAGAGACGAACAGGAGGAGUCAGUACGAACGAGCGUAUCGUGACAAAGAGAGCAGUCAUGCCCGUUGAUCUAUCAGCAUAUGGUCUCGACUUUACGACUACACAUGAUGAUCUUGAUACGACCACAAAUGUAUCUACUGUCCAAGACUCAGAUAUAAAACUGUCACCAGAAACACAUCGAUUCUUGAAUAGAUCCGAACCAUAUCAUCUGGACGGACAACAUAAUGGACAGCUCGUACGUCGUGGAAUCGUAAUUGAUGAUCAUCCUCAGAUCUCGCUCAAGUAUUUGCAAAAGCCGAUCGAACCUUACCGCUACAUGUUUGAAAAGAUCCGCGAAAGGGCCGAUGAGUCGAAUGAUAGGCUUGAUUAUAUGGGAGAGAUGUUAUCAAGCUAUUAUCAAAAGACAUUUUCAAAUCCUGUUCGACAGAAUCAAGAAACCAUCUUUGCAUUCGGUCGUAUUUGCUCAGAUACAAACGAGGGUAAAUUGAACGAGCAAUCGGUAUUAUUAGAGACGUCAAAAGAACUGGGCAUGGGCAAAAGAGUCAGAUUGGACAUUGGACGUUUGCAGGACUAUGCCUUGUUUCCUGGUCAGGUUGUGGCUGUACAAGGUAUCAAUCAUCAUGGACACUCAUUUAAAGUUGAAAGCGUUUAUAUGCCACCUGUACCUCCAAAGAUCGACUCAUCUAAAUUAGAGUUUGUCAAUAACGAAGGAAAGCCUCUCGAAAUGAUCACAGCGGCCGGACCUUUCACAUUAGACGGGGACUUAUCCUUUAAGCCCUUGGAGGCACUCGUUCAAAAGUGUAUAGAAGACAGACCAGAUAUUGUAUUGUUGAUGGGGCCGUUUAUACCAGCAACACAUCCAAUGAUUGCCCGUGGAAAGAUAUCAACAUCACCCGAGGAUCUUUUUCGACAGCAGAUUGAAGUACGACUGAAGAACCUUUUAGAUACAUGUAGUAAUACACAGAUAUUACUGAUGCCACAUGCAGACGAUAUGACACACACCUAUCCAUUGUUUCCUCAACCUCCUUUCAAGAACUUGCAGCAUGAUCCACGUAUUAAACUGUUGAGCAAUCCUUCUAAUAUCAGUAUCAACGGACAUGUUUUUUCUAUCGCAAAUAUCGAUAUAUUGUUUCGAUUAGCUAGACAAGAAGUAUACAAAUCUUCAGCCCCCGCAGACCGAUUUAGUCGACUUUUACUACACUUAUUUCAACAGCACACUUAUUAUCCACUUGUGCCUACUGCAGAAGAAGAUAGUAUCGACUCAUCACGAUUGGUCGACAUACAGAUAUCAUGGAAACCAGACAUUUUGAUCAUUCCCUCACAGUUUAAACAUUUUGUCAAGAAUGUGGAACAAGUUGUCUGUAUCAAUCCUGGACACUUGACAAAGCAUCAAUCUGCUGGCAGCUAUGCACGAGUGAUUUUAUAUCCAACGGAUGACAUAAAUGAACGUGUUCGCGUAGAUUUAUUCAAGUUGUAAAAAAAUAUAAACUUUAAUAAGCCUUUAUCGAACUAUUGUUUGUGUCGGUCAUUGUGAGAUGAAUGACGAUAUCACCCACUGGGUCAAUAUCGAUAUGUUGAAUUGCUUCCUGUAGUUCAUCCAUGGUUUGAUAGAACCAGUCUACUUGGCUAUCGUCCAUUCCACCAUAAGGCUUUGCAUUGGUUAAAAUAUCCAAGACGUUAUUGUUAUUUGUGGUAUCUGUUACAACAUCUGACUUUAACUGUAUUUGUUGGAGUAGCUGCUGAUAUCGAUCGACUCGUUCCUGCAGAUCUGUUUCUUGAAGU